CGCCGGACCCCCUCACGCCCGAUACGCGUAGAAACUCGCGUAGAUAUAAUAUAUGGUGUAUCUCAAAGAAAUACAGCCUAUGCGACGAAGUUUUACGGCCGCCUCACCGAUAAACGAAACCCCGAUCCAGUUGUUCAAGGUUUUCGUCGCACCGGACGCGGCGGAGCAAACGUCCAAGACACUCACUAGUGGAUACAUAACGCAAGGUCCUCGAGUCGCGGAGCUCGAAGAGAAGCUCGGAGAAUACCUCCAAAACCCGUAUGUUUUGACCCUGAACAGCGCGACUUCAGGGUUGCACCUCGCGCUUCACAUGCUGAAAUCUCCAGCAGGAGCGUGGCCCGGCUUAGCACCGGGUGACGAGGUUCUCACCCCCGCGCUGACGUGCACGGCCACCAAUUGGCCAAUACUCGCGAACGGCCUGCGACCCAAGUGGGUCGACGUCGAUCCUAAAACCGCAAACAUCAGCCUCGAGGAUCUCAAGUACAAGCUCUCCCCGACUACGAAAGUACUUCAGUUCGUGCUUUGGGGUGGCUCUCCAGUGGAUCUCGACGCGAUUAAGGAUGUUCAGCAGUUCGCCUACGAACGGUUUGGUUUUCGUCCAGUGAUCAUCGAGGACGCUGCGCACGCGAUGGGCGCGGAGUGGAAGGGGCGCAGAAUCGGCGCGCUCGAAAACGGCAACAUCGUCGUGUUCUCCCUCCAAGCGAUCAAGCACUUGACGACUGGAGACGGAGGCCUCCUGCUCCUUCCGGACAAGAAUUUGUACACGCGUGGGAAGUUACUUCGAUGGUACGGGAUAGAUCGCGAUAAGCGCAACUACAAGGGCAAAGAUUUUAGGCUCGAGUCGGACGUCACGGAGUACGGUUUUAAGAUGCACAUGAACGACCUCGCCGCGUCGCUCGGGCUCGCGAAUCUCCCCCACAUCGACGGCAUCGUCGCGAAGCACCGCGCUAACGCGUCGUUUUACGACAAAGCACUCGCAGGCGUUAACGGGGUCACCCUGCUCACUCAACCCGAGGGUGCGGUUUCCUCGUACUGGAUCUACACGUUUCACAUCGCGAAUAAACUUGAAUUCAUAGAGUUCAUGAAGAACAAGAACGUCGUGGUCUCACAAGUGCACGCAAGGAACGACACGCACUCGGUAUGUGCGCCGUAUCGCACGCACCUUCCGCAGCUGGACCGCACGGAAACGACCCUGAUAUGCAUUCCCGUCGGAUGGUGGAUCACCCCGAGUGAGCGCGAGUACGUCGCGGACUCGAUCAAAGAGUUCGCGUCUACUUUACCGGUGCCAAGAUCUAUCGCUCGCAAAAAGAUCAUCAUCACCGGCGGAUGCGGGUUCAUCGGGCACCACGUCGUCGAGCACCUCGCGAAAACGACUGAUUGCAACUUAGUCGUAAUCGAUAAGCUGUCUUACGCGUCUCUUGGCUACGACCGACUGCGUGACACCGGUGUGCUCGACCGCGUCAAGGUGUUCACGACAGACCUGGUCCAGCCCAUUCCGGAGGGGAUCGCGUACGAGCUCGGGAACAACAUCGAAUUCAUCGUCCACAUGGCGGCGGAGACGCACGUUGAUAACUCCAUCGCCGAUCCCGUGCCGUUCAUUCGUAACAACGUCGAGUCCACGAUCUCGCUGCUUGAAUACACCCGAGGACUGAUUCGAAACGGGUGUGACUUGAAGGCUUUCUUUUACUUCUCCACGGAUGAAGUUUUCGGUCCCGCGUUUGGAACGACGAUGUUCGACGAGUGGGACCGGCACAAGCCUACGAACCCGUAUUCUUCUUCCAAGUCGGCUGCGGAAAACAUAUGCAUCGCGUAUGAGAACACGUACAAGAUCCCGCUCAUGAUUGUGAACGUGAUGAAUGCGUUCGGCGAGCGUCAGCACCCUGAGAAAUUCAUACCCAAGUGCAUUAAGAAAGUCAUCGAUAACGAGAAGGUGUUCAUUCACUCGUACCCGGAUCGGAAGAUGUCCGGGACACGGUUCUACAUUCACGCCCGGAAUAUUGCCGCGGCUGUUGUAUUCUUGCUCAACGAGGGCGCUAUCGGGGAGAAGUACAACAUCACCGGCGAGAGUGAGGUGUCGAACCUUGAACUCGCACACUUCAUCGCCGAUACGGCGAAGAAAACGCUCGUCUACGAGAUGGUGAACCACCACGCGACGCGUCCAGGGCACGACUUGCGGUACGGUUUAAGUGGGGAAAAGAUGGCGAAGAUGGGAUGGGUACCGCCGUUCGGAUUCGAAGAAUCGCUGAGGAAGUGCAUACAGUGGACGAUCGCGAACUCGCACUGGCUAAACUUGAAGAUGUGGGCGGACGAUCCGAACACGUACGAGGGCAUCGUGCCGUCGGCCAUUGGGAAAGAUCCGAUGAUGGAACGGGCCGCAAAGUUGUGAGUAGAAAUUUAUCUGGCGCUCGUCAUAAAGCACGAAAUCAGACG